AUGUGGCAAUGCUGCUUCGCCAUUUUCCUGCUUUAUGGAACUGGCGUGCGAAGCGGGUGGUUCUUCUCCCUCUCGCUUGGAUUUUUUUUUUCGUUGUGUCUUGGUUUGGGUCUUGCGUCGGGUGAUUCUGGUGACGGCGCGGUGGCGCGCGCCCCUAGGCCGGCAAAGGCAACACUCCGUCCCAGCAAGGCGCGGCUGGUCCCGGCACUGUGCGGUGCCGUGGCCCUGGCGCCGCAAAGUUCUCCAAGUGGCAAACUUUGUUGGCGCUUAGCUUCCCCCGGCGAUGCGGGGCGAUGGGCCUUGGCAUGGCGAUGGGGCGGCCAGCAUCACCAAUGA